GAUAAUCUCAGGGUGUUCCUCUGUGCGGAGAGAAAGAGAGAGAAAGAGAGGCAAAGUUUGGACACACUGAAGCUGGUUACACAGAUAAACUAGUAAGAGACCCUGUGAGGAACAGGUGCCGCACCACUCAUCAAGAAGAAGAGGGUAAAGAUGAAAAAGUAUGUUGUCACCAGGCCACUCUACUCAGAGGACGCCUUCGCAGACGAACAUGAGAAGAUCCACAGGUACCAUAAGACCGUGCGGCACCAUGUCAAGCAGUACUUCACUUGUGACCUCAAGCGCGCUAAGAACGCAGCGCUCUCUCUGCUGCCCUUCAUUGGUUGGAUGAGAAUCUACCAGCUGAAGGAAUGGUUGCUGAGUGAUAUUGUAUCUGGGGUCAGCACUGGACUGGUAGCUGUUCUACAAGGUCUGGCGUACUCCCUGCUGGCCUCCCUCCCUCCAUGGUACGGACUCUUCACUGCCUUCUUCCCAGUGAUCGUCUACUUCUUCCUUGGCACUUCCAGACAUAUCUCAGUAGGGGCAUUCCCUGUUCUGAGCCUCAUGGUGGGUGCAGUGGUGACGAGGCUGGUGCCUGACGAAGGCCCCCCAGUCAACAUCACUGGGUUUGAGGGGCUGACCAGCGAUGAGCAGAGAGUAAUGGUGGCCGCCUCUGUCACCUUCCUCAUGGGGAUAAUGCAGCUGGCCAUGGGUCUGCUGCAGGUAGGCUUCAUCGUCAUGUACCUGUCAGACACGCUGGUGUCUGGGUUCACCACCGCGGCUGCCGUCCACAUCCUGGUGUCCCAGCUGAAGUUUGUGUUGGGCCUGGUGGUGCCGGGACUCAGUGGACCGCUGUCCAUCAUUUAUACCCUGGAGAAGAUCUUUGUCCAGAUCGAGAAGACCAACGUGUGUGACCUGGUGACAUCCAUAUUGAUCAUGGUGGUGGUGUUCGUAGUGAAGGAGAUCAACGACAGAUACAAAGCCAAGCUGCCUGUUCCCAUCCCCAUAGAGGUUAUCAUGACUGUCAUCGCUUGUGGCGUUUCCUAUGCAUUCAACUUCCGGGCGAAUUAUAAAGUUGAUGUUGUCGGACGUAUUCCAGUGGGGUAUGAGUCACCAAUGGCCCCAAACAUGCAGAUCUUCGGGCAGACUGCUGUUGAGGCGUUCCCUAUGGCCAUAGUGGGCUUUGCUGUAGCCUUCUCUGUUGCCAAGGUCUACUCUGUCAAACACGAUUACAUCAUAGACGGAAAUCAGGAGCUGAUAGCUUUUGGGGCCAGUAACAUCUUUGGAGCAGCCUUUAAGUCGUUUGCAGCAAGCACAGCUCUCUCCAGGAGUGCGGUACAGGAGAGUACAGGUGGUAAAACCCAGAUCGCUGGUCUACUGUCAGCACUCAUUGUGAUGGUCGUCACCUUGGCUAUCGGGUUCUUAUUGGAGCCACUCCCAAAGUCAGUGCUGGGGGCGGUGGUCAUAGUCAACCUGAAGGGGAUGCUGAUGCAGAUCAGAGAAGUCCCUUACCUGUGGAGGAGAGACCGGCCCGACUGUGUGGUGUGGCUGGUGACCUGCCUGGCUUCCAUCCUGUUGGGGCUGGAUCUGGGGCUGGCUGUAGGUCUGGGGGUCGAGCUGAUCACUGUUGUCUUCAGGGCUCAGUUCCCACGUUGCAGUGUCCUGGCCAAUAUCACAGGAACAGAUAUCUACAAAGACCGCAAGGAUUACAUGAGUAUCUAUGAGCCAGAGGGUGUUAAGAUCUUCAGGAUACCUUCACCCAUCUUCUUUGCCAAUAUCGAUUUUUUCAGAGGCAAGCUGGUGGAAGCUGUUGGCGUUAACCCUUUGAGGGUGUUGAGAAAGAGAAACAAAGCGCUGAGGAAGAUCAGGAAACUUCUAAAGAAAGGAAAGCUGCAGAUGACAUCUAAAGGCCUACUGCUCACCAGCUCUGGUCCCAUUGAGGAGUCUGAGGAUGAGAGCAACAUGGAGGAUCUGGACCAGCCCACUGACUUCAAGGACCUUCCUGUCCAGGUGAACUGGAACUCUGAGCUUCCUGCCAACAUCCAAGUCCCCAGAGUAGACGUCCACAGCCUGAUCCUGGACUUCUCUGCCGUCUCCUUCCUCGACAUCUCUGCCCUUAAGGGACUCAAAGUGGCACUCAAAGAGCUAAUUCGGGUUGAAGUUGAGGUCUACAUUGUGGCAUGUGACGCGUACAUCCUGGAGAAACUGCACAGCUGUAAGUUCUUUGACGACGAGGUGAAGUCGUCCAUGUUUUUCCUGACCCUCCAUGAUGCCAUGCUGCAUAUCCUGGAGAAACAUCCAGUAAACUCUGAAAACACGAAAGUCUGCGAAAAGGUUAUAACAACAGCCACUAUCUAUGGCAACCAAUGCAAUGGUGUGUCCAGUUUGCGUAGCAGGGACAAAUUUGUACAUGUCUCAGAACCAGAAACCAAGUUCUAGUUCCAGAACGACACUCUUAGAUGUCAGUAUUUUAAGAGUUCUUCGGCUGUCCCCAUAGGAGAACCCUUUGAAUAACCCUUUUUGGUUCGACGGUAGAACCCUUUCCACA